AUGGAAACCUUUAGAGCUAUUCUUUUCCUUGUGAUCUUAAAUGUUUGUGAAUUCAGCUAUACUUUUGCUAUGACAAGACAGCAACUAAAGAAUUCAGGAAAACUCAUGAAGAAGACUUGUAUGCCAAAAAACGAUGUCACAGAAGAGCAAAUCGGUCAAAUAGACAAAGGGAAAUUUUUAGAAGAAAGAAAUGUUAUGUGUUACAUAGCCUGUGUCUACACAAUGACACAAGUUGUGAAGAACAAUAAAUUGAACUAUGAUGCCGUGGUGAAGCAGGUGGAUAUGAUGUUCCCGCCGGACAUGAAGGACGCAGUCAAAGCAGCAGCUGACCACUGUAAAGAUAUUGCGAAAAAAUACAAAGACCUUUGCGAAGCUUCCUACUGGACAGCCAAGUGCAUGUACGAUUUUGAUCCACAAAAUUUUGUAUUUCCGUAAAUUAUUACAAAUAUAGUUUGUGGAAUGUGA